CACAGACCUGGUGCUCCGGCCGUUGUUGUCAUGGAUUCGCCAGGUGUGUAUGCUGAGCCACGUGUGCGCAGCAGAGGGUCAGGCAGCAGUGCAUCGCCGCCACAGGGUCCGCAGCAAGUUCGGAGCCGUGCGGGGUCCGCAGGGUCCUUCCACUUGAUGGAAGUAGGCAAAAACGGGAAGUCCAACCAGGGAUCACCGGACCUGGCCAUGAAGCCACCACCAGAGACAGCAGGUCCCUGGAGCUUGGACCAUUGGCGCAAGGGCAAUCGCCAAAGCUGGGCAGAACAGAUGGAGAGUGAAGAAUCCCCGGCAGCUGCUCCAGUUUCCAAAGGUGAUAUGGAUGAACAGUUUGACCCAGAGUAUUUCCUGGGUGAAUGGUUGGAUAACUUGGGCCACAAGAUCGUGGUGUCCCACGCCUCCCAGCGCUUCCGCAACCAGCGGCCCGGCCGCAACCAGCCCCGGAUGUCGUUUAGGGCCAACUUGCAGAAGGAUGGCGUUCCAGAUAAGAGAUUUACCAUCACCCUGGACCGUUGGCAACAGUGGCGUUGCGGAAAUGGCACUUUGGUACAGGAGGAGAGCAACCAGGAGUUCUUGACCUGGGAAGCAGAGGAUGGGCGAGUCAGCAACUGGGAACGACCUGUUCCAGAGGGUCCCGUGUAUUUUGAUCCGCCUCCUGAAUGGAACGAAAACGACUGGGGCAACGCCAUGCCAGACGGGGGCUAUGGCCAGUGGGUUGCCAUCGAUGUCACGGAGUUGCCACAGGAUUGGAACUUCAACGGAUUAAACGCGACGUUUAAUCCACAAGCGCCUGAGUUCGUCCCAUCCAACGCCUCCACGUCCUGCGAGCGCAUCUCGCGCAAGGCCUACGCGUCACCAAAGGGAACUCCGAUCUUAUCUCCGGCCGUUGGUCCAGGUUGGGGCCGCACUCCUACUCCGUCACCGAUGAUCCGACCAUGUGGCUCACCUCUCUUACAGGGCCUUCCAGAUUUGGGCGACGCCGUUCCCGACUUCUCGAACUUCACACUUCCAGCAGCUAUUGAGUUGCAGCUCGUAGAAGAAGGCUCGGAUGCCUUGGUCUCGGGCUCUCGCUUUGAUUGGACCGUGGCGGAUCCCUGGAGAGAACUCUGCAAGUUCCCCAAGGACUCCUGUGUGAUGUCACCGACCUUCAGCAUCCAGGAAGGUCACAUGCAACUGUCCUUCUACCCCAAUGGAAGUCGUGAAGCCGAGCCAGGGCACUGCUCCGUGGCUUUGUCGCGCGGUCCCGACUCGCCGGGAAUCAAGUUUGAAUUCUCGGUCAACGGCCGCUCCACAGGGCCAAAAGUGUGCUUGGGACGACGCUACCUAGGUGAUUAUAUCAAGCCCUUCGAGGAUGACGGCAACAGCUCCCAAGUGGUCGUGUCCAUAAAUGUCUUGGAACUGAUUCCAGGCAGGUGAGCGUUGCGCGCGACCUUGCUGGCCAGCAGCCAUAGUUCGGAUGGUGGAUGGGA